AUGGCGACGACGACGACGACGACGACGCGGUGGGGCGGGAGAUGGGGGGGGCGCGCGACGCGGACGCGUGGCGUGGGACGGACGGCGUCGAAUGGGUGGGGACGACGCGUCGGUCGCUCGCGCGCGCUCGUGGACGCGGGCGCGGUGGAGACGACCGCGGGCGGGCGCUUGGAGACGUUUCUGUGUAAGCCGGGGCGGCACGCGGCGUUCGAGGCGACGAAGACGGCGACGCGGCGGGUGCGGGAGCGGGACGACGGGCGCGCGGUGCGCGAGUACAUGGCGCUCCCGGCGUCCGAGUACAGCACCUUGGACGGUGAAUCGGUGGAACGCGUGAGCGAGGAUACGUUCAGGGUGGAGCUGAGUGAGUUGUCGUUCUUGGGGUUUACGCUGCGGCCGACGUUGACGGCGCGCGUGCGCGUGCGAGAGGAUGGGAGCGGAUGCGAGGUGCGCGUGGAGGAGAUGGAGCUCUCGGGAAGUGGAAUCGUGGAGAGCGCGAGCGAGGCGUUUGAGAUUGUGAGCGUGAAUAACGUCACGUGGAGUGAUGUGCCGAAAGAGGCGCUCAACGCGGAGGAGCUCGAGGUCCUGGAGGCGAGCGGCGGGGAGUUUAAGGAUUUUCAUAGCGAGACGAGGGUGAGCGUGUACUUGAUCAUUCCGGGAUGGUUCCCGUUCACGAUCAAGUCCACCGAGCGCACGGGAAGGUUCGUCGUGAGUCAGGUCGUCGGACAGGUCGUCCCGCGGUUCUUAGAUCAGCUCGCUGAGGAUUAUAGGAUGUGGUCGAGCGGGGACGAUUCGCGAACGGCGACGGGCGGCGGCAUGUUCGAGUGCAAAGUCGACGGCGAGUGCGAGGUCGCUUAA